CAGAUGGAAACUACGCCGCCAGGCGGGGCUUCUGGGGUGGGGCUGCGGUAAAGCGAGCGAGGGUUGGUCCCCACCAGAGGGCCGGGGCGUGGCCCAGUCUAGACGGUCGCUGGGGCCUUGCUGCCCUCUGCAGGAUGACAGGGAACUGCGCCGAGAGAGGAGCUCUGCUGAGGGGCGGGACUCCGUGCGGACCCGGGUUCUCUGGCGACCUCCUGCUGGCCCUCGACGCUCUCCCGCUUCAUUCAAGAACAACGAACGGGCGAAUCUAGUUAACGUGACAGUUAAAGGCGGCCUUGAAGGGGGGAAAAAAUGAGAUACAGAGGUCUUGGACUCAACAGGACGCGCUUUGUGGGAGCAGCCGACACCAGAUGGAGGAGCUGGAGGAAGGCCUGCUGAUGCAGCCGUGGGCCCGGCUACAACUUGCUGAGAACUCCCUCCUGGCCAAGGCAUAUAUCACCAGACAGGGGUAUGCCUUGCUGGUUUCAGAUCUCCAGCAGGUGUGGCAUGAACAGGUGGACGCUUGUGUGGUCAGCCAACGAGCGAAGGAGCUGAACAAGCGGCUGACUGCCCCCCCUGCGGCUUUACUCUGUCAUCUGGAUGAGCUGCUCUGCCCAUUGUUGAAGGACACUGCUUGCCCUGGCAAAGUUAGCUUUGUCUGUGACCACGUGGGCAAGGCACUGAUACUGCGGGUGCGCAGUGAGCUCUCAGGUCUCCCCUUUUAUUGGAAUUUCCACUGCAUCCUAGCUAGCCCUUCCCUGGUCUCCCAGCAUCUGAUUCGUCCUCUCAUGGGCAUGAGUCUGGCCUUGCAGUGCCAAGUGAGGGAGCUAGCAACCAUGCUUCGUAUGAAAGAUCUAGAGAUCCAGGACUACCAGGAGAGUGGAGCUGUGCUGAGCCGAGAUCGGUUGAAGACAGAACCAUUUGAAGAAAAUUCCUUCUUGGAACAAUUUAUGGUAGAGAAUAAUCUGGCUCAGAGAAGGUGCCAAAAACUACCAGAGGCAUGCAGUGUAGGUGACGGAAGACCCUUUGUCAUGAACUUACAGAGUCUGUAUACGGCGGUCACCAGACAAGAGAUCCAAGUGAGACAGAAACAUCCGGGCAGCGGAGAUCCUCAGCUCUCAAGCAGCACCUCCCCACAAGGGACUGAAAACCAACUUCUGAACGAGCCAGAAGAGCCGGUCUCCUUGGCGCCAUCCCUCCCAGUGCCCGAGAAAGAGCCCACAGGUCCUUCAGGCCCUGUGCAGAGACCUCAGCUGUCAAAGGUCAAGAGGAAAAAGCUAAGGGGGCUCUUCAGUUAGCCCAUCACUGUCUCGACUGCUGGGGACGGACUAGAAGAGCUUCCUUGUGUCACCUUGAGAGGAGCUCCCUUGGCAGCAACAUCUGUGACACGGAGUUAUAUAGUCAGAGCAC